GCUUUGCAGUGAAACCCUUGCGUAGUUUGUAAUCUAAAAAAGCCCCUUUUUGCAAUUCAAUUCUCUCUCAAAUGGCGAAUAGCAGCAAUCUUCCUCGUCGCAUCAUCAAAGAAACUCAGCGUCUUCUCAGCGAACCAGGCUAUCCACCUCUGUUUCGUGGCGGUCUUAAUUAUAAUUAUCCUCCGAUGAGUUCGUUCGUUCCACCUCCACCACCACUGCCGCCUUACGGACAGUAAUAUGAUCCGGAAAUGGUGCCACCAGGGCAAUGGUAUGGUGGCUAUGCAAGACAUUGUAAUGGCUGCAGUAUAAUGUAGUCAUGUCUGAGACUCAAUGGUUGAUUUCUUUCAUUUGAACUGAUGUCUUUUGAUGAACAGAAUAAUGUCGAAUUCAAUAUCUCAUAAAGAUCAAUGUAUCUUUUGAUAUCGAAUUCAAUAGCUUAUUAGAAUAUUUAUUUCAUUAUUAAUUCAGUUACUUUUUUAAAAUUAUUAAUUCAGUUAUUUUAAUAUUUAUUUUGAUUUAUUGUUCUUCAUGCUGGUUCGUGGAGAAAGUUUUUCUGCAAACUUUCUGCAAUAAGGUUACUGGCAAGUGGCAACAGCAGGCCCUCUAUCUCCAACAUGAAACACAUAAAGCCCAUUAUCAAAUAGAAAACAACCCAUCCAACAAAAACACCCAGGCCCAAAAAAUGACUUUAAGCCCAACUAAAUGGCUUUAAGCCCAACUUUUGUCCCUCUAGAAUCAACACCACUGUCGCUCUACUCUCUCCCCUGCUCCCCUCUUGAAACGGCCCCAAACAGCUGAAACAAAUCAACUUAUAAGCUGAUAAUUUUUUCUUGUCAAUGGUGGGAGCAGCAAAGAAGAAGUGCAAAGUAUGUGAAGAAGCUGACUCAAAAUACAAGUGCCCUGCUUGUCUUAUUCCUUACUGUUCUUUGGGUUGUUUCAAGAAACAUAAAGAAGUUCAAUGCGUUAAGGAUGAGGCAGUACCCGCAGAAGAAAAAAUUGAAAUUCCAUGUGUUAAGGAGGCAGUACCUGCAGAGCAAAAAUUUGCUCCAAAGCCGCAUGUUGAAAGGCCAUACUUUGUUGAUGAACCAAGCAUAGUGUUGCAGCAGUCACAACUUGAGUCCAUAGCUUCUUCGAGUGAAGUUAUUGAUGCUUUGAAGAAUGAAGAGCUUCAGAAACUCAUAUGCAAAAUAGAAAAUUCUGCAGAUAUUGAAAGUGAAUUUGAUAAAGCAAUGGAAGCGGAUGCAUUUCGACUUUUUACCGACAAGAUAUUAUCUAUCAUUGGUGCGUGACAAUGUCGUUCCACUGAAAUAUUCGCAAAAGCUACAGCACACCUGGAGGAGGAUAAGGUUUGCUGAGUGAUUUGGUCUUGUAACAUUGAUACAGUUUGAAUAGUCAUCGAAGUACUUUAACAGGUCUCUCGAGUUACUUGAGAAAGCUUGUUGUUCACUAUCUGAUGGCGAAUAUUUGUAUAAUAAAAAAAUUAUUUUUUUUUUGUC